UCCAGCUGCCAGAACUUGGUAUAUAUACUAACACAUCCACACAAUCGUCAGAUAUUUCGUUGAUUUGGCUGAAAGAACAAGAAAGGAUUUUGCAAAUGGGGUAUAUACGAUCGUUUUCCAAAGUGAUCAUAGCAUUGGCUGUGCUGAUGAACAUCUAUAUCUACACCUACCCAAGUUUCAGUGCCAGAGAAUGUUCGUGGGUGACUGAAAAAUCCUUGAAAAGAGAGAUUAUCAAUCGAGACAGAGGAUUCUUUCAGAGACAAGUCAGUGAUAUUCCUUAUUUUGGAGACUUAUUUUACCAGUAUUAUUUAAAAGAUGAAGAACAAGCUGCCAACAAGCUAAAACCAGUCCGAGACAUUAGAUUGCUCGCAUUUGGUGAUCCUCAAAUAAAUGGCAACUGGCCUGAUACCCCUUAUCAAAAGAGAUUGGAUAACUAUGGAAAUGAUUAUUACUUGGGCCAUAUUGCUAGUGUCAUGCGAAAAAGAUUGCAGCCCACCCAUAUUUCAGUUAUGGGAGAUUUGUUUUCUUCUCAAUGGAUUUUAGACAGCGAGUAUUUUAAUCGAACAAGACGAUUUUUGACGAGAUUAUUUCCCCAGCCUGAAAGACACACUGAAUAUGUUCUUGACUUCAUCAACAACCAUGAUCACUGCGACUGGAUGGACUACUACGAAAAGACAUUAAACAUUCCCUUUGACACCCUUGAGUAUGAUUAUGAAGACGUGUAUGACUGGACCAAUUCGUCUUUGACAGAACCAGGAGAGGAUGCAUUGUUUAUAAAUAUCACUGGAAACCAUGAUGUUGGCUACAGUGGCGAUAUAACAUGGCAACAUAUGGCUAGAUACAAGAAAUUAUUUGGAAAAGACAACUAUUGGAUUGAGUAUAAUAAGAACACUUCCCAUGCCUGGAGAUUAGUGGUUUUAAAUACAAUGGCUUUGGAAGGGCCACCUUUAGUGGACAGAUUUCUUGAGGAAACUUGGGACUUUGUGAAAAGACUAGAUGAGAGAGAAUUCAAUGGCUCGACGGUUUUGAUAACACAUAUUCCUUUUUAUAAAAGAGAAGGUUUAUGCAUUGAUGGCCCAUACACUGAAUAUUAUGAUGAGACAAGCUCUGAAAGAGAGCCAUAUAAAUUGGGCUUUCUUCGUGCUCAAAAUUUCAUAUCAAAUGAAUCGACCCAGAUCAUUUUCAAUACGAUUUUCAAAAAUGGAAAGCCUGGAAUGAUAUUAACUGGCCAUGAUCACGAAGGGUGCGAAAACUAUUUCAGCAAAGAUAUCGAUACAGGUGUUUGGAUAGCUAGCAAGAAUAUCACCAACCCCAGUAGAUAUAUCAAAGAAGUCACUGUUCGAUCGAUGAUGGGCGAAUACUACGGAAACACUGGUUUGAUGACUGGUAUAUUUAACACUGAAAAGCAGCUUUGGGACUUUCACUACUCUGUCUGUCCAUUCCAGAUACAACACGUUUGGUGGGCUACUAAAAUUGUUUCUAUCAUAGCAAUAUUUAUGAAAUCCCUUACGUACAUUUUUAAAAAUCUUUGAUUCUAAUAGUCUAUUUUUUUAUUUUUUUUUUCCAUUUCUUGAAUACAUUAUAAUCACGUUAGUUUAUAAUAUUUAAUAACAAAUCUACACUUGCACUAAAAAAAAAAGUUUUGCUUAG